AUGGCGGUGGGGGGCUAUGGAGAGCGCCAAGGUACUAGCUUUACCAAGAAAGGGUGGAUAGGAAUUGAAAAACAAUUUAAUGAGUCAAGUGGAAGGAACUAUGACAAGGUUAAGUUGAAAAAUAGGUAUGAUAAUUUGAGAAGGGAUUGGCGAAUAUGGUAUCAAAUAUGUGGCAAAGAAACAGGCUUAGGAUGGGAUCAUGUGAGACACACUUUUGAUGCACCAGAUGAGUGGUGGGAGAGGAAGAUCAUGGAAAACCCAGAUUAUGAAAAAUAUAGAGAGAAGGGACUUCCAUUUGCUCAUGACUUGACUAUACUUUACAGAGAUGUUGUGGCAACUGGUGAGCAUGCAUGGGCACCCUCAUCAGGGGUACUCCCUAAUGGGGUUCAAGAUGCUAAUGAUGGAUAUCGCCCAUCCCUAGAGAAUCUUGGUCCUAGUAGAGAGGAAGGCUCAGGUGAUAGUGAAGAUGACAGUGUUGGAGCCACAAAUGGUUUAGCUGGUAUUAAUUUAAAUAGUUCACAAGGAAAUGUGAGUCAAGGGGUUGAGAGCCAAAGGACUGGAGAAAAGAGAAAGAGAGUUAGUUAUUCUGAAAAGGGAAAGAGUAAGAAAAAUUCAAUUGCAUCCUCAAGGAUAGCAGAUGCUGUCAACGUGAUUGCGGAAACAUGCAAGUCACGCAAUGAUGCAGUGGACAAUUCAUCCAUUGGUGAAGUUUUAGGAGAGCUGCAAACCAUCAAAGAAGUUUCAACUGACCUUGAGUUUCAUACCAAAUGUUGCCUACUAAUGAUGCACAAGCCAGCUAGGGAUGUGUUUGUUGCAUUGCGAGGUUUAGAGGAGAAAAGGUUGCAUUGGCUUAAGGUUGCUGCAAAUAACCCGUAG